AGGUGCCGGAAUAAGGGAGCGUGGCAGAUCCGGUGUUGUACCGAAUUUUGACUCCCCUACUUCUGAUUUGUUCAUUCACUUAGGAUGCUGCUUUGUGAUUGGUCCUUAUCUCUAAAGCCCGCCCCCACACCUAACCCUAAUCAUUGUGAGGAUGGGGGGUGCAUAAUCUGGCAGGGGUGCAUUUCUCGGCAUUACACCGGAUCGGAUUUUGGAGGUGCCCGAUCCAGAUCCGGCUUGUUCUGGCACACAUUAAGCCCUGUGUAUAAGGGACUGUAUACGUUUAUUAUGUUAUCUCAUGUUGUUCUUAUUCUGUGGGGCUUUUGGAAUGGAAUACAAAAGAAAAUAUUUACUUUUGUAUUUCAAACAAAAGUGGAUGGGACCAGCACUCCCACACACGAGAUUCCAUUACAUCAGAGAGUGAAGGGUUAACCCGAGAGGCUUUAGCCCCACCUCCCUCUGCCUCCUAAAUGAAACGAGAUUGUGGUUCCCUCAUUCUUCAUACUGCAUUCAUAAUGGCUUUUCAACUAGCAGUGAGCUCUGCAGGAAGAAGGAUUGGUUUUGAUUUGCUGAGGACUACCACAGCAGCAGUGGACAUCAGAAGGGGAGCAGUGGGUAAUACUAGUGCUGCUGUCACUGACCACGACAGCCACAGGAAGCUCAAGACUAUAAAUCAUCUCCCAGAGAUCAAAACCUGUAGAAUGUUGUGGAGACUGUUCUUUAAAGGCUAUCUGAAUCGCAUGCAUGAGCUGCAGUUAUAUGAAAAACAGCUUUAUGGCCCUUUGUACAGAGUGAAUGCUGGAAACUACAAAUGUGUUUCAAUAAGCAGUGCAGACUUACUGGAAGAACUGCUCAGAAAAGAUGAGAAGUUUCCCUCCAGAGGGGACAUGACACUGUGGACGGAUUACCGUGACAUGAGAGGCAUUGGCUACGGCCCUUUCACAGAAGAAGGAGAAAAAUGGUACAACCUGCGUACAGUGCUGAACAAACGUAUGCUGCAUCCAAAGGACUCGGUUCAGUAUGGAGAUGUAAUCAAUCAGGUGGUCACAGAUUUCAUCAUAAGGAUUUACUAUCUGCGUGAGGUCAGCCCCACUGGUGAUCUGGUCUCAGACUUGGCCAAUGAAUUUUACCGCUUCUCUCUUGAAGGGAUAUCAACCAUUUUGUUUGAGACACGAAUUGGUUGCCUGGAGAAAGAAAUUCCUUCCGAGACACAAGAUUUUAUUGACUCCAUUGCACGAAUGUUCACCUACAGCAUGCCUGUGGUGGUGCUGCCAAAGUGGACGCGCAAUUACUUGCCAUUCUGGCAACGGUACCUCAAUGGCUGGGAAGGCAUAUUUAAAUUUGCUGCUAAACUGAUUGACAUGAAGAUGGAGGCCAUUCAGAAGCGUGUGGAUGCAAAUCAGGAGGUGGCUGGAGAGUAUCUUACCUACUUGCUUUCCAAUGUCAAGAUGUCCAGUAAGGACAUUUAUGGAAGCAUUGCUGAGCUGCUGUUGGCUGGAGUGGACACAACCUCAAACACUAUGAUGUGGGCCCUGUAUUUGCUCUCAAGAGACCCAGCAGCACAAGUUGCUCUAUAUGAGGAGGUCAACCAUAUUAUAAAGGAUGACAGAGUGCCAACAGCGCAGGAAGUGAACAGCAUGCCGUACCUAAAAGCUGUCAUUAAAGAAGCACUAAGAAUGUACCCUGUGGUCCCCAUGAAUGCUCGUAUCAUGACAGAAAAUGAGGUAGUCAUUGGUGGUCACUUUUUCCCUAAAAAGACAACAUUCACACUUAUGCAUUAUGCAAUCAGCAAUGAUGAGAAAGUGUUUCCAGAACCAAGGAAGUUCAAACCUGAACGAUGGCUCCGAGAUGGCAGAGCGAGACCAAACCCAUUUGGCUCAAUCCCGUUUGGUUUUGGAGUCAGAGGCUGUGUUGGUCGUCGCAUUGCUGAAUUGGAGUUGUAUCUGGCUGUGGCGAGGAUAAUCAAGUUGUUUGAGAUCAGACCAGACCCAACUAUAGGUGAGGUUCAAGCACUCAAUCGCACAGUGCUUGUGGCAGACAGACAGGUCAACCUUCACUUUGUGGAAAGACAGAACACACCUCAGUCGUAGCUAAAGAAGACUACACAUUGGGCCUCAAUGAAUAAUGAGAAUUUUUACCUCUUUGUGUGAACUUCUCCUCUCUUUCUAUGUGAUAUGUUGUGCUUUUGAAUAUGCAAUAUAAAGGAUACAACACUGUGAAAAAUCAGCUUUUAUUUUGUAUAACCUUUUCAUAACAUUUUUCUUCAUGCAUUGUAUUUCAUU